CCGGUGGCGCGGGAAAUGAACGGGUCCAGGCAGCGUGCAGCUGCAGGUUCAGUGUAUUCUCUGCAGCGCUGCAGCCCGGCUCGUCUGUGUCGCUCUGUGGACCGAUUUGUCAGGGAAAAUGCCUCUUACACGCUCCAAGAAACUGGCAGCCCAGCCUCCAUCCACCAGGAUGAGUUUGAGGAGCUUCCGCAGUGUCCCUCUGGUUCCCAUGGAGACGUCCUCCUCCUCUUGCUCAGAUGACAGCUGUGACAGCUUUGGUUCAGAUGGAGGCUUCGCCAACACGAAGAGCAUCUUAAGACAGAGGAAGAGGAUGUCCGAUGCAUCGUCAGAGGAGGACUCAUGCAGCGGGUUUGUGGAGAACGUCAUCAGCCGUCGGAUGAAAGCCAUUAAAGUGGAUAGCGAACCUCCGAGACGCGGCCGCAGGCCCAACGUCCUGAAGGUUGCUUUGACCUUCCCCAAAAAGAAGAUGGACAGGAAGAGGCCUGUGUCCGAGCCGCUGCCACAGCCUGAAGUCCAGGAGCCUGACUCGGAGGAGGAAAACUUUAUGGACAAGAGGGCCCUGAAUAUCAAGGAGAAUAAAGAAAUGCUUGCAAAGCUCAUGGCAGAACUAAACAAAGUACCUGGGUUCUUUCCGGGAAGACGGAUGACAAUGCUAUCAAAUAUGGGUCGACAGGCGCCUCGGCGGUCGGUGGGAACCCCCGCAGCUAUCAGGAGAAACCCAUCGCGGGUGUCUCGACCUCACACACGGUCCCGCUCGCUGACGGACGGACCUCCAAGCCCGACCCCCGAAGAAGAACCUGAGGAUAAAUACAGCCUGGUCCGGAAAAGCCUGUACUACGAGGAAUACGAGGAACCUCCCCGACGCCGUUCUCUCAACGGCACCAAGGCGAUCCCUCACGUCGUGCGACCCGUGGACGACGUCACGGAGGCGGAGCUGCAGAGGAUCUGCAACAAUGUUCGGGAGAAGGUCUACAACACCUCCACGGGAUCCACUUGUCACCAGUGCCGGCAGAAGACGACCGACACCAAAACCAACUGCCGUAAUCCAGAGUGCUUGGGGGUGAGGGGGCAGUUCUGCGGCCCCUGUCUUCGUAACCGCUACGGAGAGGAGGUCAGAGAUGCUCUGCUGAAUCCUGAGUGGCAGUGCCCGCCGUGCAGAGGGAUCUGCAACUGCAGCUUCUGUCGGGCGCGAGAGGGUCGCUGUGCCACAGGAUGUCUGAUCUACCUGGCCAAAUACCACGGCUUCGAUAACGUCCACGCCUACCUGAGAAGUUUGAAAAAGGAGAUGGAAGAAGAGAGCAGGAAGUGAAACGUGAAGCAGCUGCAGCUGCUGCAGAACCUGGACCCGACUGAAGUUCUCACAGUUUUGAAACGUUGCAAAUAGUUUUCAAAGCGCUUCACCACACGAAGCUUGUUCUUGAUUAAUUGUUUUUAAUCUAUAACUGACAUCGCAAGGUACUCUAUCUAGCUUCAAACUUCUGUUUAGUUGUUUACCUGUGUUUGUUAUCCACUACUUUUGAUACUCGAGGUUAAGAGCGACUGGUUAGAAGCUAAAAAUGGAGAAAAACGAAGUUUCAGGUGAAACAAAGCCUUAACUUUUAAAUGAUUGCGUUGUCCCAGCAUGUAUAUAUGUCCCAUGUGUAUAAAAAGAACUUAUUGCUGACUCGUUCGUCCUUCUGCAAAGAAGCUUGUUUAUAUUGUUGCGUUUGUACAUUACUGUAAGGUUUUUAAGACGCCUGUGUGGAAAGGACUGAACUCCACAAGACCCCAUUUAAAACAUUUUUUUUUUUUUUUCUUAGCUUCAAAUUAAUGUUUUAUUUUUUUUUAUUUUAAAGAAAGUUUGCUUUACAUGUGCUCUCCUGCAGCAGUGAUCUGUCUGCUCUGAGGCGGGGUGUAUGUGUGGGGGGGGGGGUUUGCAGGUGGAAAGGGCAUAGACUGAGGUCCACUGCCUCCCUCUUCUAAAUGGAGAGGAACUGUGAUAUACUACAGCGUCUGGUUAAAUAUCCUUCAUUAGAUAACUGUCACUAAUGGUG